ACCCACUGCGCCACCACCCUGCUACAGAAUAAUAUUACAAAUAUAAGAAGUAAAUGUAGUUUUCUCGAUGGAUAACAGCGCUGAUUUCCCCAUCAGUAACAGAUUUAACCCAGUAAAUGAUGUGUUCAUGUUUAUGCUCAUUAGCAGCAGCCUAUACACCUCAGACGCUUCUGUGAGAGGAGUUGCGAUGUUUUAAGACUAUUUAAAGUGAACACAGUUAAAAGGACAACACGAAUAUGCUGCACUUUACAACAAAAGUGUUUAAUAAACUACACAGCGCAAUACAAUUCAGGAGAGAUGAAUAAAUUAGCAUGUGUGGGUGUGAAAGCCAAACAGUGGGCGGGUGUAGCGUCACAUACUUCCAGCCAGUUCAUGUCGCAAGUGAGUUUAAGGAAAGUGAUCUAAUUCAGGAAAAGCUUAAGCUCAUACAUGGGUGCUCACAUCUGUACAGCACAAAAAACAGAAACAAAUGAAGCCGUGCCAUCAUCAUCAUCAUCAUCAUCAUAUUCAUCAGCAGCAGCAGUGGAGGGCCUAAAGAGCAGCGCAGAUAAAGAGGGAAAACAGUUAACCUCCAGUGAUGAGGAGACAGGUGCCACAGGAAUCACCAUCAGUAAAGCUGAGGGUGGAAAAGACAUGAAGAUCUUCCAGAUCCAGUUUGUAGAUGAAGUCCAUGAAGGCCGAGCACCGCUGACAGUGACUGUGGCGAACACAGAGGAGGAGUUCAGGAACACCACAGUUAAAGACCUGCAGAGAAAACUCAUCCCAGAAGACGAGUAUGAAAACACCAUUCUGGUCUAUGAAUGUUCAACGCUGAAGAGAAAUCGCACACUCGGCUCCUAUAACAUUCAACAUGGCUCUGUUAUUAGAGGCUUAUGGCAUGGAGAACCCUUUGUUGGGAGCUGUGGACCAAUGUCCUCUGACCAUGAGUAUGAAGGAUAUUUUCCAUAUGAUGAUGAUGAUUAUGAUGACCCCAACGUCAUCUCCAGGAGGGAGUCUAUGGAGCUUGUGGUUAUGAUGCAGAAACCUCAGCAGAAUUGAUGUAUGUCUGUGGCUCAGCCUCCCAUGAUCCUGCUAUAAAUAUUAAUUAAAUUCCCACUGCCAUAAAAUUCACUAUCAUAUGUUAUUAGAGCUGCACAAUACUGAGAAAAUUCAGUUCAAACUUAAUUCAUAGACCAAAUUAAAAACACAGAAGUGAGCCAAAGUGCUGUACAGAAAUGCAACAAAACAAGCAUAAUAGUUUAUAAAUAUGAGGUAAAAUAUUGCUAAAAUACCUAUAAAGGCAUAUAUAUAAACUAAAAUAAGAAAAUCAAGUGUCAAAGGUCAACAGGGGAAUGCUAUAUUUAUUAGCUUUAUGUAUCUUUGUGUAUAGUUAUCAUACCAAAAUAAGCAGAUAGUAGAUAUUUAUCUCAUCUAAAUAAAUCUGACUGAGGCUAAAAUUAGUGGUGGGGCAAACAUUGAGACUUUAAAACACUAUGAAUGAGUGUAGCGGCACGGUGGCUCAGUGGUUAGCACUGUGGCCUCACAGCACUCAG